CCAUCUCCCGACUCUCUCUUUCUGCACUCCACCCCCCUUCUCUCUCUUGAGGAACUAGCAUGACAGCUACCAAGUGAUCUUGGACUAAAAUGCCUUGCUAAUGUGAAUGAGGCGUACUCGCAUACCAGCUUUCGUACACUUCUUAAUACGCCACUGGAAUUUCAACAAGUGCACAUGAUUUUGUGUACUAGAGUCAGGUAUUAUGUUGCUGUGAAGAUGUAAGCGAAGACAUACAUGGGCAUUUAACACCAGCCCAGAUCAGCUGUUCCAGUUACGCAUCUCAGGGUUGCUUAGAUGCUGCAUUCCCCCUCCCGUUCGGCGUGCCUUUUACGUAUGAGCGCGAACGCGAUUACCCGUGUGUAGUUCAACCCAACUGGUUGUGGAAUGGCGCUUCUGACGCUUCACAGGUCUCCGACUGUCUGCACUACUCAGUUGCAUAACAGGAUGAAAACAUCCCAAGAAGAGGGACUCUUCAAAAACGAGAAAGCUUUGCCCUGGUCAAAGGGGCCGUUCUUUUACUGGAGGAAGAGCAGAGGGAGGAUGAGAACACACCGACCCCUCCGCAAGGGAGCCCCAAAUUAGAGAGCAAGGCUUCGGACACCCAGCACAUGCACCUCCAGGCCAUUCUGUCCCUGCUGCGGCCAGAGGACACCGUCAAACUGGCGGUGCAGUUGGAGUCGGUGAGUCCAGUCAGAGUGAGGUACCUGAUCGUUGUCUCCACCGGCUGCAACAAAAUGGAGAGCCUCCUGCUGGGCAUGGACCUGCCAGACAUGCAGAGUGACCAGUGUACGAUUGGCCUGGUUUUGCCUGUAUGGAGUGAUACCCAAGUGUUUUUGGAUGGAGAUGGUGGUUUUAGUGUGACAACAGCCGAGGUGACGAGGACAUUUAAACCGGUGUCCCUGCAGACAAUGUGGUCAGUGCUGCAGGCGCUGCAUGGCUGCUGUGAGCGCGCCGUGAAGGGAGCGGUCAUCCCCAGCUGUGGCCUGGAGUGGGCCCAGCACUACUACAGCCACGUGGAGUCGGACCAGCCCUGCCUCAACGAGUGGGCCGUCAUGACUGGACUGGAGUCCGUCAGGAAGGACGCCAUGUGUCAAAGCUCUCUGGAGAGGGAGUCUAUAGAGAGGAGGAUCAAAGCGCACCUCCGAGAGAUCAUGAGGACGGAAGACCUGGAGAAAAUUACCUCCAAACAAGUCCGAACAACUCUGGAAUCCAAAAUGGACAUGGAGAUGAAGGACUACAAAGAGUUCAUUGAUAAUGAGAUGAUGGUUACCAUGGCGCAGAUGGACAAACCCUCCAAAAUACUGGACUACCUUUAUUUGGGCUCGGAGUGGAACGCUGCCAACUUUGAAGAGCUGCAGAAAAACAAUAUUGGCUACAUCUUGAAUGUCACCAUGGAGAUCGACAACUUCUUCCCAGGAUCGUUCACCUACAUGAACAUCAGGGUGUAUGAUGUAGAUGCCACUAACCUGCUGCCUCAUUGGAAAAACACCUACACCUUUAUUAACACUGCCAGGCAAAAGGGCCAGGCGGUGCUGGUGCACUGUAAGAUGGGCGUGUCCCGCUCGUCGUCCACGGUGAUGGCGUUCCUGAUGAAGCACCAGGGCAUGGCUCUGGAGGACGCGCUGGCCUACGUGCGUGAGCGCCGGCCCAUCGUGCAUCCCAACGACGGCUUCAUGCAGCAGCUGCACACCUACAGCGGCAUCCUCAGCGCCAGUAAGCAGCGUCACAGCACCCUCUGGAGACGAAAGUCCAGAGACUUCCGGCAGAAGUCUAUGGACAGAACUGAGGAUGAAGAGGAGAGUGAGGACGAAGAGGAGGGGGAGGAAGACGACGACGAUGAGGAGGAGGAGGAGGAGGAGGAGGAGGGAGGAGACGAGAGCCCAAAUGAGGACAAUGUUGAAGAUUUAGACAAAGAAGUAUUUGAAGACCCUGCCCCCCCAGCACAGACCAUUCCAGAUGCUCCUCAGUCGCAGUCAGCCAGCUCAAACCCCACCAUAACAGUCUGCGACAGUGAUAAAGUGUCUCCCUGUCCUAACAGAAGUGGCAGGAUGAACUUGUUCUCCCUCAUGCAGUCCAUCAGUGAGCUGGAUGAUGACAGCGACAAGGAGCACCCAACAAUCCAGGGGAGAUCUCCUAGACAACGGAGGCAGAGCCACGGGCGAAGGGGCCUGGCCUAUCAGCGGGCCCAUGUGGAUGUGUCUCCUGAGCCAUGUAGCCAAUCAGCAAGCAGUAGGCACAAGGAAGGGGAGGGGUCAAACAAGACUCUGCUCCAGAAUCAGGAGAGCGGUGGAGAGGAUGUGGCCAAACAGGAGGACACAUUGGGAGGCGCGGAUGGAGAGGUGCACAGUGAAAAGAGUGGUUGAAGAAAGGAGGGAGUCAGGAUGAGAGAAAAGAUGAAGUGAAGGACGAGAUCAGAGACACUAGGGGAGAGAAGAGAGGCGCGUCCUGCCAUACUUCAUUUGGUUUACUAUCCAAAGAUAUUCCUCACAUAUAUCCAAUAUUAGUAUGUUUAAUUUAUUAUUUAAUGACAGAACAAGACACUUUGCCUCAGCUUUCCAACACCGUGGGAGAUCCUAGAGAGGGUUGUAUGUAACGCUAUGUCCUCUAAAGUCAGUUCCAUUUUAGGGUAUUCCACUACCAAAUUCCAAUCUUCUGUGGAAGACCAUAUUUUAGAGUAAAGUCACAGAUUUGGGUGUUGUUUUUUUUUUUUAUGCAGUCUGGGAGAAAUUGGUUCGAGAAACCGAAUAGAAUUCUGUGCCAGAAGGAUGAGCGUGCUGUACUUCAAUUGGGCAACUCUACAUUUCCUGGCGUUAAAACACACAAGUACGAAUGAAAAAUGGCCCAAAUCCAGACCGAAUUCAGUAAUGUACAUAUCCAGGAAGUUAAGGCAAAAGCUUUUAUUUCAAAAACAGAAAUUUCCAUUUCCAAACCAAUUUCAAUUGGUCUCUGAAAUAGUGAAACUUAUCAGACAAACACCACGCAUCAUGUAUAGAUUGGUUGUAUUCUCCUGCCUAUCUACUCCCGUGCCUUCAGCAGCAGGCCCGUCGUCACCGAGCAUAGCAUUAGUAUUAUUUAACGUCACGCACACUGUGUGCCUUCGUCUGGGUCAUGGCCUGCUUCUGCGCUCGCACGCCUUCUCUCCGUCAUGCAGUCACGACCGACUCGGUUCAAAAAGGUUCAAGUACCAUUAGAGAUCCUGAACCUUUUUUUAUUUCACUCGGGAUGGGGGUAGAGGGUGGUUGGCGGAGUCUUUUAAAUCUUCAUAUCUUGUAUACUAUGAUGAGCGUUUGAUAUUCUGUGAUUGAUUGCUUUCUGCUGUGCUCAGGUAAUCUGAUCCUCUCUGUUUCCACACAAUCCUAUGCGUAUUACUUCAUCUGAGUCCGAAUGUGAAUGCAGUAUGCUGCCAAGUAUGGUGUCUUUUGAGAGGUUUCUAUUUCAAAUGUUUUUUUAUCUUCAUUUUAAUUAAGUUAUAGUAUUAUUUUAACACAUACUACAGAAACCACAAUCAGAAUGUUAUCAAGUAAUCGUAAUUAUGCCAUUACAUUCCAUGUGAACUCAAUGGCAUCUUAAGCCAAGACUGCCUGUAUAUAUUGACCUAACUUGGAAGUUUUUUCCAUUUCUUAAGAGACUGGAAUUAAUACGUCUUCAACCAACAAAGGCAGCAACAUUCCUUAAAAGUUAACGGCCAAAUAUGAACAAAUGUUUUAAUUAAACUAGAAUGCUGUAACUUCUGAGAGAAACGACUCUCGUGAGCCAUUUGACACUUUACUGAAGUUGAGUGGGAGAUUAAACCUUUUUAAAACUCUAUAAGCUACCGACUGUGGAUUAAAUCAAGUAUGUAGUGUUGGUUUGAAACACUUUUCAAUGUGCCAAACAACUCAUGCUCUUAAUGGAGAUGUCUUUCUUCUGUGGGAAUCACUGCAUGGUUGAACCUGUUCUGAGCGCCUUGCUUCAGUGCCUUAAGGAGAUGACCCAUUUCGUAGGUGAUCCCCCUGUGUGUACUUAGUUCUUUUCUCUCUGACUUCACUUUCUGGUGUCAAAUUCUUCAUUUUGGGUCAACUGUGUGCCUGCAACAGUGGGAUACCUGAGGAGACCGUGUGAAUUUGAACAGUGACACGUUUAUUGUUAAUGACUGUAUAAGUGCGUACGUGUUAACUGAAUAUAAAGGAACCGUUGACAUAGUGGGUUGCCUUAAACACCAUAAAGGGUUUGGUAACAGGUUUUUUUCUCAAGUAGACCUAAGAAUACACACCUUAAAGUUCAGAGUUACUGCUUGUCCCAAGGAGUAGGACCUUGAAACUCUGUAGUGAUCAGUGUUCACAGGCAAGACAAAUGUUCCCUAGUAGUUGUUGUUGUUGUUGUUGAUGGUAUAAAUACUGUUUUUUUUUUUGUUUUGUUUUUUUAAGACUUAAGGUGUAUUUGGGAGAUUCUCUGUCUUUCCUGACUCAGAACUUGUGAAUCUGUCCUCUGUUGUGGUGAUGCAAGAACAUAUAGUGUAUUUAUAUGUAUGUUUCUAUGCAUGACACGAUGCGAAGGGGUCUGGUGGUUUGUUUUAUUAGUUGUUGAGCACAUUAAGCAUUAGAAUCUGAAUACAUUGGACUUUGAAUUCCAGUGAAGUACUGUAUUAACAUUUUGCCAAGUUCAAAAGAAAAACAUCCAAUGAGGGGUUCAUCGAGAUUGUUUCUACGUCCCCUUUUAGAUGCACAGCCAGCAAAUGUAUGAAUGGUCACCACAGAAAUUACUCCUUUUCCUUUUUCUGUUGUAUUAAAGCUACAUAAUUCUGAUGUAAUAUGCUGGAGAAUUUAGGCUGAUAAAACAGAUUGAAAGCCUGAGGAGAAAUCUGAUGUAUUUGCUUGUGCUGAGUACGCUUAAAAAAUGUCUCAGACUUUGUCAAAGCUAUGCCUGCUAGAUUAGCGCAGUGAUUCCACCAGCAGAGACUCUGUCAAAGCUACGUCUGCUAGAUUAGCGCAGUGAUUCUGUCAAAACUGUGCCUGCUAGAUUAGCGCAGUGAUUCUCUAACCUUAUCUUGGCCUCUUGCGCUACACAAUCUUGUAUAUAGCCCUUCUUCAAGCACACCUCCAUUGCAAUUAAAAUGCUCUUUAGCUAAAUGAGGUGUGUUCAGUUUAUGAAGAGAGCCACGGACGAGCAUCGUCAGGUAAGCAGAGCAGAGAAGGUUGGAACUUGCUGAACUGGAGGACCCCAGGGCAGGAUUAGGCACCGCUGGUGUAGAUCUGGCUGUGCUCCAGUUUCAUGAUGGCCGCAGGGAAAACUGAGCCCUACUGCUGGCUUGUUUUGAGUUUGAGAAGAAAACAGAAUUGCAUCAGAGUGGCGUGAUCUAUUUACUACAUGUUGUUUCUCCUAGUAUGAAGCUACUUAUCCUGUUCAGAUCAGCUGACGUGAAACUAUAGCCAUGUCACCCUCGGUCACCGAGGCACUUUACAUUUGCUAAAAAUCCUCCUGUGUCUAAUCUAAAAUGUAUGAGGCCGUUCUUUUGGACCAAAAACCCCCAAAACUGUUUAAAAGUCAGCACAGAUUGGGGGGUGGGAAGGUGGUUAGGCCACAUGUAACAUUUACAUUCACAAGCAAUUCCUCAUUUCCUUAUUGAUCUGUGUGAAACUAUUCCUAUGCAUUUGCCUUGGUCCUAGUCUCAUGAAAGUGUUCACUAUACUGUUUACAAUUACACUGUUCAACCGAAUAAAUCAUCACUAUAAAA